AUGUACAUCACGAUUGGGAUCACUCAGUUGAGCGGAGAUGUGAGAUACAUCCAGGUGGCGCUGGACUCUUCAGUUGAUGCGCUGAGGCAUCAGGUGCACAACCUACUUGGAGUCUUCAAAGGCAGGUUGCUCACAGCUUCCGGGGAUGUGCUGCGGGGCAGCAGGACAGUCGAGCAGUCGGGGCUGCAAAAUGGCAGUCUCCUGACCCUCCACACAGAGCCCGUUUAUGCCUCUGCGUCCUUGGGAGCUUUUGCCGCCGUCUUGGGCGAUGGGUCCCUUGCUUGCUGGGGAGACUCUGACCGGGGCGGAGACUGCACUGCAAAGGAGUGUCUGCAGAACAUGCAGGUCUGUGGAAUCUGCUCUACGCGCGCAGCGUUCGCCGCCAUCCUGGUGAACGGAUCCGUGGUGACCUGGGGACGUCCCGAAAGUGGUGGUGACAGCAGUUCCGUGCAGGAGCAUCUCAGGGAUGUGAAGCGCGUGCAAUCUACGGCCUCCGCCUUCGCUGCGAUCCUCAGUGAUGGAUCUGUGGUGACAUGGGGCCUUGCCGAGUGUGGGGGCAACAGCAGCGAUGUCCAAAAGCAGUUGAAGAACGUGCGUCAGAUCCAAGCUACAUAUUCCGCAUUUGCAGCACUCUUGAGUGACGGAUCUGUGGUAACUUGGGGCUUACCUGACUGCGGAGGAGAUAGCACCGCUGUGCAGGAGCAGUUGCGGAGUGUGCAGUUCAUACAAUCUACAAGCUUGGAAGAGGGAAGCGCGUUUGCUGCGAUCCUGCGGGAUGGAUCCGUCGUCACUUGGGGCGCAGCCGAAGGCGGCGGCGACAGCAGCUCCGCACAGAAGCAACUGAAGAGUGUUCUGCACAUCCAAGCAACGAACCAUGCCUUUGCCGCAAUCCUUGCUGAUGGAUCAGUGGUGACGUGGGGGAACCCUGAUUUCGGCGGCGACUGCACCGGCGUGCAGAAGCAACUGAAGGGUGUGAAGUGCAUCCAGGCUACGUAUUCCGCAUUCGCGGCCGUCCUGGAGGAAGGCAGCGUUGUCACGUGGGGUGAUGCCGAAUGUGGAGGUGACAGCAGCUAUGCCCAGAAGCGACUGCAGAAGGUUGAAUGCAUCCAGGCUACACAUCGUGCCUUUGCGGCAAUUCUGUACGACGGAUCUGUGGUGGCUUGGGGCGACCCUGAUUUCGGAGGCGAUUGCAGUGAUGUUGAGAGCCGCUUGCUGAGCGUCCAGAAAAUACAGGCUACAUACUUCGCAUUCGCGGCAUUGCUAAGUGACGGUCCCGUUGUAAGCUGGGGGAGCUCCACAUCCGGUGGGGCAAGCGAUCAUCUUACCAAGGAAUUGAAACAUGUCAAUUCGCUUCAAGCCACCGACUUUGCAUUUCUUGCCAUCAAGGUUGAUGGAUCUGCUGUGGCUUGGGGGCAUUCUGAACUGGGUGGCGACAACCACGCAGCGCAGUUUCAGCUGCGCGACGCCUAA